CAGCGCGCGCUGUGGUGUCUGCUGCUGUCCCUGCGCGUCCCGUCGGGUGCCCCCAGGAGCGCGAUGGCCGAGCUCUUUCCUCUAGCCGAAGAGCUGUCGUGCUCCGUCUGCCUGGAGCCCUUCAAGGAACCCGUCACCACCCCGUGCGGCCACAACUUCUGCAGGUCGUGCCUGGAUGAGACAUGGGUCGUCCAGGGCCCGCCGUACCGGUGCCCGCAGUGCCGCACGGUGUACCAGGUGCGCCCGCAGCUGCACAAGAACACGGUGCUGUGCGCGGUGGUGGAGCAGUUCCUGCAAGCCGAGCAGGCACGGACGCCGGUGGACGACUGGGUCCCCCCUGCCCGCUCCGCCACUUCCAGCUCAGCCAGCCAGGUGGCCUGUGACCACUGCCUGAAGGAGGUCGCGGUGAAGACGUGCCUCGUGUGCAUGGCCUCUUUCUGCCAGGAGCACCUGAGACCACACUUCGACAGUCCCGCCUUUCGGGACCACUCCCUGCAGCCACCCGUCCGUGACCUGCUGCGCCGCAAAUGUCCCCAGCACAACCGCCUUCGGGAAUUGUUUUGCCCCGAGCACGGCGAGUGCAUCUGCCAUAUCUUGGUAGAGCACAAGACCUGCUCCCCUAUACCCCUAAGCCAGGCCAGCGCCGACCUGGAGGUAGGGAAUGGCCAGUCGGCGCUGGCCUGGCUUAGGGGUAUAGGGGAGCAGGUCUUGUGCUCUACCAGGCAGAUAUGGCAGAUGCACUCGCCGUGCUCGGGGCAAAACAAUUCCCGAAGGCGGUUGUGCUGGGGACAUUUGCGGCGCAGCAGGUCACGGACGGGUGGCUGCAGGGAGUGGUCCCGAAAGGCGGGACUGUCGAAGUGUGGUCUCAGGUGCUCCUGGCAGAAAGAGGCCAUGCACACGAGGCACGUCUUCACCGCGACCUCCUUCAGGCAGUGGUCACAGGCCACCUGGCUGGCUGAGCUGGAAGUGGCGGAGCGGGCAGGGGGGACCCAGUCGUCCACCGGCGUCCGUGCCUGCUCGGCUUGCAGGAACUGCUCCACCACCGCGCACAGCACCGUGUUCUUGUGCAGCUGCGGGCGCACCUGGUACACCGUGCGGCACUGCGGGCACCGGUACGGCGGGCCCUGGACGGACCCAUGUCUUCAUCCACGGCACGACCUGCAGAAGUUUGUGGCGCACGGGGUGGUGACGGGUUCCUUGAAGGGCUCCAGGCAGACGGAGCACGACAGCUCUUCGGCUAGGAAAGAGCUCGGCCAUCGCGCUCCUGGGGCACCCGGACGGGACGCGCAGGGACAGCAGCAGACACCACGGCGCGCGCUGCUCGGGGAAGCAGCGAAGGAAACGAAACUGGACAGGAGGGGCGGGCGCCCUGGGUUUUCAAGGAAGUCACGUGGGUCCCGGGAGGGGGCUCGGGCCAGAGGCCUCUGGGCUGGUGUUGGGAAGCUGAAGAGUGCAGAACACAUGGUGGACAGAAGACUACAAGUGUUCAUUGGGACAAGUGGAUGGUCAGUGGGAGAGCCGUCUGUGUGGGUGUUCACAACCUUGACAAACCUAGCUCUUGGAGUGGGUGGGGAGGAGCUACCUACAGCCGGUCAAUCCCUUUUCUCCGGCACAGGUGACAUGGGAGAUCUUGGUACAGAGUCCACACCCAAGGCCACACGUCCUGGGAAGAAGACCCCACAGGAAAAGAAGACCAAGAAAGCCUCUGCUGCAACUGGCCCCAGCCAAAGCUCUUCCUCAUCCAACAAGUUUCCCACCUUUGGAGCUCCUGGACCGUCAAUGGACUUUAAAACAACUGUCCCUGAGGCCACACCCCAAGCCAACACCCCACAGUCAAACUCUGCUGCACUCAAAGCUAAGAUCCUAGAAAACUUCCUAGCCAAGUCCAGAGCUGAGCUUCUGGAGUAUUUCGUUAAAAUUGUCUUCGACUACAAUACUGCCCACAACAAAGUAGUCCUUUCAGACAACUACACCACCGCUUCUGUGGCUGACGGGCUCCAGCACUACCGGUCACAUCCCCAGAGGUUCACCUACUGCUCUCAGGUUCUGGGGCUGCAUUGCUAUAAAAAAGGCAUUCACUACUGGGAGGUGGAGCUACAGAAGAACAACUUCUGUGGCGUAGGCAUCUGCUAUGGCAGCAUGGAGCGGCAGGGCCCUGAGAGUCGGCUGGGCCGGAACGCCAACUCGUGGUGUGUGGAAUGGUUUAAUAACAAGAUCUCUGCCUGGCACAACAAUGUGGAGAAAACUCUGCCCCCCACCAAGGCCACUCGAGUCGGUGUACUCCUCAACUGUGACCAUGGCUUCGUCAUUUUCUUUGCUGUCACAGAAAAGGUCUAUCUGAUGUACAAGUUCAAGGUGGACUUUACUGAAGCCCUGUACCCAGCCUUCUGGGUGUUCUCUGCGGGUACCACGCUUUCCAUCUGCUCCUCCAAGUAGGCGGGCCACUAGGCCAGCCUCGGACACCUGGACUUGCUGGGGAACAUCCAAGACUGGAAAAACGCUGUUGGGGGGGGCAUUCUACUUGGAGAACUUCUGAGUCCCCAACAGAUAGGAGAUUGGGAGGGGAGCUGGGGAAGAGGCAAGAGACAACAGGGGAGAUUUGGCUCAGAAAGGGGUGGGGUGACUGUCUUGUGGGUGGGGAAGCAUAUCUACCUCCUGGUGCCGCUGAGGGCAGGAUGACCUCCUCCCAGUGUUCUGGGAAAUCUCAGGCUGCUAGCCACUUGGGCAGGGCUUCAGAGAGUCAAAUUAUUAGUGCCUCUGUUGUCUUACAGAAAAUCUGUAGCCAUGUUUUUUCUCAAGUGAUGGAUGUCUACUCUCUGGGGUGGCCUUCAGACCUUUGUAUUUUGAUUAUGUUCUAGAUUAAAAAAAAAAAGACAGAGGCAG